GCGGGGGCGGGGGCGCCGCCUCCCUGGGCCUCGGGCGGCCGCCGGCGAGAUGCCGCUGCUCGCGGAGGGCCGGCGGGUGCGGCUGCCGCAGGCCGCGGGGGACCUGGCCCGCGCCCACCCGCGGCUGGAGGAAAGAGCCAGACUGCUCAGAGCUCAGUGCGUUCAGCAAGUGGGACCCCAGGGCCUUCUGUAUGUUCAGCAAAGGGAGCUGGCAGUGACCUCCCCCGAGGAUGGCUCCAUCUCCGUUCUGGGCUCUGACGAUGCCACCACUUGUCACAUUGUGAUCCUGAGACACACAGGUAGCGGCGCCACCUGCCUGACCCACUGCGACGGCUCAGACACCAAGGCCGAGGUGGCCUUGAUCAUCAGCUCUGUCCGGGCCUUCUCCGAGCACUCACAGUGUGGAAGGCUGGAGGUGCACCUCGUGGGCGGCUUCAGCGACGACAGGCAGCUGUCUCAGAAGCUCACACAUCAGCUGCUCAGUGAAUUUGACAGACAAGAGGACGACAUCCACUUGGUGACAUUAUGUGUGACAGAGCUAAACGACCGGGAGGAGAACGAGAACCACUUUCCGGUCAUUUACGGCAUUGCUGUGAACAUCAAAACAGCCGAGAUUUACCGUGCAUCCUUCCGAGAUCGCGGCCCCGAGGAGCAGCUGCGUGCGGCGCGGGCCCUCACGGGAGGCCCGAUGGUUAGCAUUUACGAUGCCAAGACAGAACAACUUCGGAUAGGACCGUAUUCCUGGAUGCCAUUUCCACAUGUGGAUUUCUGGUUGCAGCAAGAUGACAAGCAAAUACUAGAGAACCUCUCCACGUCCCCCCUGGCGGAGCCCCCGCACUUCGUGGAGCACAUCAGGUCCACUCUGAUGUUCCUGAAGAAGCACCCCUCCCCCACAGGCGCGCUCUUCCCUGGAAACAAAGCUUUGCUCUACAAGAAGAACCAGGACGGCUUGUGGGAAAAGGUCCCCCCGGGAAGCUAGAGCUGGGGGGGCUGA